AUGAGUCAAUUCUUGCAUGUUCUCCUCCUCACCCUCAGCUUCAUCACUGUGCUCAAUGGGCUUCCAAUGAAUUGCUUCAAAUACCAGGCCUGUGGAGGGAUUGAAGCCGAUGUGCCAGAUGUCAAAUUUUUGACCAGCAAUUCGGGGCCGUUGAUAUCUUCCCGGUCCACUUCUUCAAGGGGUUCGUUUAGAGAUCUUUCUUCUCCAUUUCCGAAUUUUGCCAUUACCCAGGUGCCAGUGGUCGGCGCUCAGGACACAGGAUGCGGGCUGUUUAUGGGAUUGAAGAGGAAAGGCUCCAAGCGAGAGCCGAAAGUUGGGAGUGUGCGAGCCAACCAAAGCGGGCGCCGCUCGUUCAGAAGCCCAAAACCCAUCACCCCCGACCUAAAAGAACAUCCGGAAAAAUAUGGCCCCGGACCAACUGGUCCUGCUCUUUUGCAUCAAAAAUCGUCUCAUGAUGAAUAUGCUCCAGACGGAAAGAUUCCUUCAAAGGAGGAUCUGGAGGGAUCUGGCCCUGGACCAACUCCUGCGCUCUUGCAUCAAGAAUCGUCUCAUGAUGAACAUGGCCCAGACGGAAAAAUUUCAUCAAAAGAGGACCUGGAGGAAUCAGGCCCGGGAGCAAGUCCUCCUAUUUCUCUUAAAGAUUGGUCUGGUGAUCAUGAUUCGGAUGACGAACCUGAAGUGAUGUCAUUCGAGGAGCGAGGAACAAAUCUCAACGCGGAUACACCGCACCCAGGCGAUCCACACGAGUUCUGUUUCCGGACAGGACCAUCACAUGAGACGCAGCCGCAAGCUGUUGAAGCUUAG